GCUCAGUGCUAAUGCAUACAAACAAAUAAACCGGUCUGCCGCACUUUUCUUCGCCUCCUUUCGUUUAAAACUCCCUUUAUGUGCCUCAUAGUAACUGAAUUUUUUUUUUUAUGUGUAUGGAAUUUAAAUUUUCCUGUAUUUAGUGAAUAAAAUUAAGUUGGUCCAGUUAGUAGUUGCACAUUAUAAAUGGAACGAAGUUAAGUUUUGCUAAUUUAAAAUUGAAUAGAAAACUGAAACAUGUUGAAAUCUAGUUCUUGUUUCGCUUUCUGGAGGAAAAGUAGUAGUGUUUCCUUGUAUAGAUUUCAUAAUAUUGCUUCAAAUAGAAAGCGAAUAUGUGUUAUUGGAAGUGGCCCAGCAGGAUUUUAUACUACACAACAUUUAUUAAAAAAUGAACAAGUAGAAGUUGACAUUUUUGAAAAAUUACCUGUGCCAUUUGGUCUUAUUAGAUAUGGUGUCGCACCUGAUCAUCCAGAAAUAAGAAACUGUACCAAUUCAUUUACACAAAUUGCUUUGAAUGAAAGAGUGAAUUUCUAUGGGAACAUAGAGGUGGGAAAGGAUGUGACAGUAUCUGAUCUCUUGCAAUCAUAUCAUGGCAUUGUUUUGGCAUUUGGUGCAAGUACGGAUAGAGAAAUGGGUAUUCCUGGUGAAAAUUCAGAAAAUGUACUGGCAGCUCGGAAAGUAGUUGGCUGGUAUACUGGCCAUCCUGAUUUCAUCAAUGAAAAAAUUGAUCUUAACACAGAUGUAGCAACUGUCAUUGGGAAUGGAAAUGUUGCUGUGGAUAUAGCUCGGAUCUUCCUUCAGGAUUUGGAAAAGUUAAAAAAAACUGAUAUUUCUGAACAUGCUUAUGAAGCUUUAAAAAAAAGUCAAAUUAAGAGAGUAGUUAUGGUUGGAAGAAGAGGACCUUUUCAAGCUGCUUUCACCAUUAAAGAAUUUAGAGAGCUUAGCAAGUUACCAGGUUGCCACAUAGAAAUGCUUGAUCCUACAGUAGGCAAGAUAUUUGAAUCUGGAAAAGACUUGGAUUUGGAAAGAUCUAAAAAAAGGAUGCUUCAACUGAUGACAGAGCUUUAUGAGAAACAAAAUAAUUUGAGUCCAACUGAAAUGCAAAAAUGUUUGGAGUUGAAAUUCUUUCGAACACCAAAGGAAAUCAUUCCUGAUAAAGAUGGCAGAAUUGGAAAAAUAAUUUUUAAAAUAAAUGAAAUUAAUCCAAAAGAUUAUUUUGAGAAAACAAAUGUCAAACUCACAGUGAGUGAUGAAGAAGACAUUUUGAAUUGUGGCUUGCUUGUUCGAAGCAUUGGUUAUCAGAGUUCCCCUAUAGAUCCUGAUAUACCAUUUGACAACAUAGCUCACAUUAUUCCUAAUGAGUGUGGCCGAGUAAUUGGUAAAAAAGGAUUAUACUGUAGUGGUUGGGUGAAAACUGGACCAAUUGGUGUUUUGGUAUCAACUAUGAGUGGCAGCUAUGAAACUGGAGAAGUAGUAUUGAAGGAUCUAGCAAAUGGGGAACUAAAUAGUACAACAAAAGGAAGAGAUGAGGUUCUUGAUUUACUGAAAAAGAAAGGUGUGAAAUAUGUAACAUUUAAAGACUGGCAAAAGUUAGAUAAAAUAGAACGAGAAAGAGGUAAAGAACUUGGCAAAGAUCGAGCAAAAUUUUAUAAUGUUGAUGACAUGCUUAAAUGUCUAUAGAGACAUUAAAAUUCUUCAUAGACAUGUUUAAAUGUCUGUAGUGAUAUUAUAAUUCUUCAUAUUCAUGGAGAAAAAAACAAAUGUAUGGAAUAUUUUAAAAGAAUUGAUUAUAUGUUGUUAGUAUAAUAACAUUAAAUGUAUUUUUUUAAUUAAUAAAAUAUUUUGUGAUACUUUCA